GCUUCCGGAAUGGGGCACGUGUAGGUGUUGGUAAACAAAAGACUGUCAAAUGAACUCGUCCUACGCACUGCCACCCUUCUUCAAAUGACGACAUCCUCUUUUAUGCUACAGUGAAUGGUUAUAUGUCAACAUGUCUUCAGUCGUACGUUAUCUAACUAUGAACAACGGCCUUAAGAUGCCAUCGGUUGGUCUAGGAACUUAUCUUUUGAAACAGGAUAUUUUAAAACAAGCUUUGGACUAUGCGCUAUUUCUCGGUUACCGCCACAUCGACACAGCACUUUCUUAUGAAAAUGAAGUAGAAAUCGGUGAAGUGAUCCACGAACGUAUUAAAGCAGGUAGAUUGAAAAGAAACGAAUUAUUUGUGACAACUAAAGUUCCUUCAGUGUAUCUGAGUAGAGAGUCGGCAAUAAGAAGUACUGAAUUGUCCUUAGAAAACCUGAAACUGAAGCAUGUUGACAUGCUGCUGAUACACCACCCCUGGGGCCUUGUGAACAGAGGAGAUGGUACACUGGUACCGUUUGACUCGAAGGGGGAGAAAGAGCUGUGUUGGUACAACAUUCUGGAGACCUGGGAUGCCUUUGAACAUGUGCAUAAUCGCAAGCUGACUAAAAGUAUCGGGUUGUCAAACUUCAACCCCACACAGAUUCAGAGGAUCUGGGAUAAGGCGGAUGUGAAGCCAGCAAAUCUACAACUUGAGCUGCAUGCUUAUUGGCAACAAAAUGUCCUACAGAAAGUUUGCCGUGAGAAAAAUAUAAUCAUGACGGCCUUUGCUCCAUUAGGAGCACCUUUUAAAAAUGAUAUGACAGACGGUCUGCCAAAGCUACUGGAAGAUCCUGUGAUUAUUGAAAUAUCUGAUGAAUAUGGUAAAAGCCCUGCACAAAUCUUGUUGAAUUUCUUAUUGCAAAAGAACAUUGGUGUUUUGCCAAAAAGUCAGAGUAUUGAGAGGAUUAGGGAAAACCUUGAAGUGCUUGAUUGGAAAAUUACUCAGAUGGAUUGUGAAAGAAUAGAAAAGUUGGACAACACUGUGAAAUACUUUCCGUUCGACUGGGCUCAUACACAUCCUGAAUAUGACAAAAAUCAGCCUUUCUAAUCCUGUAUUUAUAUGUUGUCAUAUAUGUUGAUGUGUUGAAUUGACAUAAGAAUUAAGAUACAGUUGACUUAUGGAUUUCAAAUUAUCUAUGCUUUGUUUUUAAUCCUGACAAUUUUGCAUGAUCACAACAGACAUCUCAAAUUUGGGAUGGGGUACGAUUUAUAUUAAUAUAUACCUGAUAUACAUGGAAAAAAUUGUACACAUCAGAAAAUAUAUUAACAUUGGUGCUUAAUUCUUUAAGGGAAAAUGAUUGUCGUUUUUGAUUUUAUGUGUUUAGCCAAUACAUGUAUAUGUUUCAUAUAAAUUCUUUUAAUUUAUUAUGUU